AUGGCUAGUCCUCCCGUUCUAGCUUUCGAUGCCGAGGGCCGUCCGGUGAAGUUCGAAACCUGGCUAGAUGACCUGCACCUGUUCCUACAGCUCACUGCCAAGGAAGACAUCUCGCUGUACGACCACGCCCUAGGCCAUGCUACUGCCCCUGACACGUCUGCUGACAGCACUCUACGCUCUCAGUGGCAGACUCGUGAUGCGCACGCUCGCUUUGCUAUUCGCAACUCCCUGCCGCUAGACGAGCGCGAGCACUUCGGCCAGUGCAAGACUGCUAAGGACCUCUACACCGCUGUAGUUGCCCGCUACUCCUCACCCGCUUCUGCUACGCUAGGCCGCCUCACUCUCCCCUACCUGUUCCCCGACCUAGCCUCCUUUCACACUGUCGCAGACCUCAUCACCCACCUUAAGACUAGUGAGGCCCGCUUUCGCGCUGCUAUGCCUGCCGAGUUUCUCACUAGCAACCCCCCCCCGCUCUGGAUCACUCUCUACCACAUCGUCACCCGCCUCCCUGACUCUCUGCGUGCAGUCAGGGACCACUUCCUCUCUCGCUCCCCCACUGAGCUCACUGUUGCCCUCCUCGAGAAGGAACUGCUUGCAGCUGAGGCGAGCAUCGUCGCUGUAGGCACCUCUCGUGGCGACCCCCGCACCCCGUUCUUUGAGGGGUGUUCCCCUUCCCCCCUCCUCCCCUCUGUCGCCUCUGCUGCUGCUGUCGACCUCCUUGGUGCUGAGAAGGUCGGGACCGCGUCUGCUUCGAGCGGGCGCCGCAGGAGCAAGGGAGGCAGGGGUGGGGGUGGUGGCGGAGGAGGUGGGGGUGGAGGCGGUGGGAGUGGAGGUGCGACUGGGGAGGCUAGUGGCGGCAGUGGGGGAGGAGACAGCAGCGGCGGGAGCGGUGGCAGGGGUGGAGGCGGCAGCGGAGGUGGAGGUGGUCGUGGCGGCGGCAGGGGUGGAGGUGGCCGAGGCGGUGGUGGUGGCGGUGGUGGUCGUGGAGGCACUGGCGGAGGCCCGAGUCAGCAGCCCGCCCCGACGCUUCAGGCCGCCCGUGAGUGGUAUGCGCAGCGUGGCUUUACCUGCACGUACGUCAUUCGCACAGGUGACCGCAGCGGCCAGCAGUGUGGGAGGCCGCACCCCACGCACCGCUGCUUCGCGCGCCUUAACGACGCGUGGCGCACCCAGUUUCCUGAUGCCGCUGAGCUGCCGCGCUGGGCUGAUCUGGAAAAGAGGGGUAUUGAUAUUUGGGCUCUAGACUUUGAUGCUAUUCUCACUGCCAUGUAUACCAUGUCUAUUAGUGGAGAGGGUGCUCAGUACUUGCGUGUUCCGCCCGACCCGGGCAUUCAGGCCAGUCCGGCUGCCGCUCUAGGUGCUAGUGCGUCUGCUCCCACAGGUCCUGGUGAGGCUGCUGCCCUAGGUGCUAGUGCGUCCGUGCCCCCUGGUACUGAGUUGACUGCAGCACUGCACACCUUCACACUGGACUCAGGUGCCUCUCGCUCUUUCUUUCGUGACCGCACUAUCCUUGAGCCACUCGCUCGGCCAGUUGCUGUCUCCCUUGCUGACCCCUCUGGGGGUCCGGUCAUUGCGACCUCCUCCACUGUUCUUCCUUGUCCUGCGGUCCCGUCCGGCACGCUUUCCGUUCACCCCUGCCUACGAGCGCGUGACACACUGCACGUGUGCUCGGACGGGUCGCCACCUGGCUACUUUCACUCGAGAGCCGGGGUCGGACCUGUACACACUGACCACUGA